CUGACGUUACUCCCUCAGUUCCUGUACAGGACAGUUCAUGUCCAACCCCUGGACACCACCCACUUGUUCAACCCCUCAGUUCGAGUCAUAAAAGACGCCGACGACAAUUCCAGGAGCUCAGUUGCAGGUGCAUGCUUAGUGCUCAAAAUGGCUGUUCCUAAGACAUUCUACGACAUCGCUGCGAAACUACUGAAUGGAGAUAUGCUACAUUUCUCCUCGCUUAAAGGCAAAGUAGUGCUGAUUGAGAAUGUGGCAUCUCUCUGAGGCACGACCACCAGGGAUUACACCCAGAUGAACGAGCUCCACGAGCGCUACAGCGCAAAGGGGCUUGUGGUUCUGGGAGUUCCCUGUAAUCAAUUCGGACAUCAGGAGAAUUGUAAGAAUGACGAGAUUAUCCAGUCCCUAAAGCACGUCCGUCCAGGCAAGGGCUUUGAGCCCAAAUUCCAGCUGCUGGAGAAGGUGGAUGUGAACGGCAAGGAUGCAGACCCCUUGUUCCUUUUCCUCAAGAGUAAACUUCCGUUCCCUAGCGACGACACCACAUCCUUGAUGACCGACCCCAAGUGCAUCAUCUGGAGCCCAGUCUGCAGGAAUGACGUCGCUUGGAAUUUCGAGAAGUUUCUCAUUGGCCCUGAUGGGGAGCCGUUCAAGCGGUACAGCAGGAGAUUCCUCACCAGCGACAUCGAUGGGGACAUCAAGAAGCUUCUCAGUCUGGCGAAGUAAAACGUCCCUUGCAUUGUCUCCGCAGAAGCGAUGGUGGCAGGGAGAUGACUUGCUUUGUAAUGGCUGCGAAUAUCAUCAAACUCAUUUUGUGUUCCAAAGAGUCACAAGAUGCACUUCAUACCAGUCGCAAUCUCAUAUUUCCUGCAUACCAUUUCCUCUGUAAGACAAUGCUUUAUCUUAAACCAGCUGUGCUUUCUUGUGCAAGAUGUUACUGAGUUUAGCCUCUACUUUAUGAUGGCAUCCCUUGAAACCAGUGUGAGAGGGGUGACUGAUGAACAUGUAAAUGGCAUAAACCUGUCAGCAACAUUUGGUUCAUGCAACGCAUAGCUGUGCUUUUUGUUUUUGGCAGACUAAUAAAUACACUUUACUUGGCA